CAUCAAACCCCUAGAUUAAUGUUGAAUCUUUUUUGAUAUUUUCUCUUUACCUUCCAUAACAUGUUCAUGUGCAUUCAAGAUCCAAACAUAACUAUUUGUCCCUCUUUUGUCUUUACAAAAAAAAAUUAAUUUAUAUCAUGGAUCUAGUUAGACUAAAGUACUUUGAAUCAAUAUCACACAUGAAAAAUCAUCCAAUUAAUCCUCCUCCAACUUCUGCUUCAAUUUUUGGUUCACCUAUACAUUCUUCUUCUUCUUCUUCUUCUCAUCAUGCUGGCUUUCCUAUUAUAGCAGUUGCCAUUAUUGGAAUAUUAGCUACUGGAAUAUUGCUAGUUAGCUACUACAUUUUUGUGAUCAAAUGCUGCUUGAAUUGGCAUAGAAUUGAUCUUUUAAGGCGAUUUUCGUUCUCUAGAAAUCGACGUAUUGAAGACCCUUUAAUGGUGUAUUCACCAGCAGUAGAAAAUAGGGGAUUGGACGAAUCUGUGAUUCGUUCAAUCCCCAUUUAUCGAUACAAGAGAAGGGGAGAAAAUUCAAGAAUUGAUCAAUGUGAAUGUGCUGUUUGUUUGAAUGAGUUUCAAGAAAAUGAUAAGCUAAGAGUUAUACCAAAUUGUGCACAUAUUUUUCACAUUGAUUGUAUUGAUGUUUGGCUACAAAAUAAUGCAAAUUGCCCACUUUGUAGGAAUAGUAUUUCAUCAUCUACAACAAUUGCUAACACUAAAUUGUUGUUACCUUUGGAUCCAAUCAUUGCUCCAAGUUCAACACCUCAUCAAGAUCCAAAUCUUGAAAAUUUUAGAGAUGAAGAUUAUGUCGUCAUAGAAAUAGCAAACAAUAGCGAGAGUUUUAGUACAUCAGGCCGACCUGAUCAAGAAAGUUUGAAUUCAGGGGAAAUAGAAAAAAAAGUUGCAUCAAGAAAAUGCAAAAAGUUCAAUCAUGUAACAAGCAUGGGAGAUGAAUGCAUUAACAUGAGGAAAACAGAUGAUGAAUUUGCAUCAAUUCAGCCUAUAAGAAGAUCAUUUUCAAUGGAUUCAGCGACGGAUCGACAACUUUACGUAGCAAUUCAGGAGAUUAUAAUGCAGCAACAAAGGCAAGUUACUGAUAUUAGUCCCUUUGAAAGUAGUUGUAGUAGAGUAAAAAGAUCAUUUUUUUCAUUUGGACAUGUAAGGGGAUCAAGAAAUGUAGUUUUACCAAUUCAUUUAGAGCCAUAAUGAGAAAAAAAAAUUUGAAUUUUUAUUGUAAUUUUUUGUGUGCAGAAAUAUAGUUGUGUAUAUUAAAAUAGUUUUACUAGAAGUACUCGAACACAAUAUUUCAGGGUUGGAGGUAGAGGACGCUUACCAUUUGAGCAACCCCUCUCGUUGAAGUUCAACUUUCUGGUUA